AUGGUAGCCGAAAAUUUUGCAGCAAAGCAGGCUGAGGCGGUCCUGGGACAUGAUCAGCAAGAUAGUGUUACACAUACCGAUAUCGCUAACCCAGACCGCGAUGGCAAAAAGUAUGCGGACCCGUCUGGGGAGAAGAUGAAGGCGCUAGUGUGGAUGGGCAAGAACUCUAGUUCUAGCUUAGGUUGCGGCACAAAGGAUGUCAGUAAGCCCAAGAUCGUCGAGGACCACGAUGUCCUUGUAAGAAUCACGGGCUCAACCGUUUGCGGAAGCGAUGUGCACCUCUUGCACGGCGUAAUCAUUCAGACAGAGAAGGGCGAUGUCCUUGGCCAUGAGUUCUGCGGCAUCGUCGAGGAAGUAGGCUCUGCAAUCAAAGAGAGGAAAGUCGGGGAUCGCGUUGUGAAUAGCUUCGUAGUCUCGUGCGGCGAGUGUAGGUUCUGCAAACAGAAUCUCACCACGGCUUGUGAUAAGACAAACUCAUCCGCUCUCCAGAAGUUUCUUUAUGGCGAGAGAACAGCUGGUAUCUUUGGCUAUUCGCAUUUUGUCGGAGGAUAUGCAGGUGGUCAGGCCGAAUAUGUGAGGGUGCCAUUUGGUGACCAGAACCUUUUGAAGCUGCCGGAUAACAUUCCUUUCGAGAAAGGCAAGUUACCCAAUUUUUUUUACGCGUGGAAGAUGCUAAGAAAACGUCGCGAUUUGGGUCUUGGUCCAAUUGGUCUUAUGGCAUGUGUAUGGGCAUUCAAGAAGGGUGCAAAGCGGGUCAUUGGCAUCGACAACAACUGGCGCACUGAAUUCGCAAAGCAAAAGAUUCCGGGGUUGGAGACCAUCAACUAUGAAGAGCUGAAGAAGCAAUCCGUUCCUGCGAAGAUUCAUGAACUAGUUCCUGGAGGUGUUGAUGCAUGUAACGAGGCCAGCGGUGGCGAGUAUGCAAAGGCCUGGACACACAAGCUUAGGAUGCUUUCUGGCUUGGAGCAGGAUACGUCGGAGAUGAUCAAUGAGUGCAUCUACUCAACGAGGAAGUUCGGCCGAGUCGGUAUCAUUGGAGAUUAUACUGGAUUUACAAGCCACUUCAAUGUUGGUGCCCUCAUGGAGCGCGGCAUACGGCUGGUUGGGUGCGGACAGGCGCCUGUUCAAAAAUAUUGGAAGGAGAUCCUUGAGAUGCUUGAAAAGGGAGAAAUUGAUCCAACGAUCAUGCUGACUCAUCGCUUCAAGAUUGAAGAUAUUGCAAAGGCGUACUACAUGCAGGAGAAGCGUAAAGACGGCUUACUAAAGUGCUUUGUUGAAACCCGUUUCUCGGAGCCGCGGGCUAGUGGUACUCCAGAGUUGAAGGAACUCUGA